UCACCACUUCUAUCCCUCCUGCUCCCACCGUCCCAAUCCGCGUCCACCAAUCCAGCACAAUGGGCUUCAUUACUCGCACCGUCAAGGUCACCACUCUCGGCGCCGCCACCGCCGCCGGUGCCUUCGCAUGGGCCACGCGCAACGACAAGCUGGUCCCCAUGACCCCCGCCGACCGCAUCUUCUCCUCACCCGCCUACCGCAACCUCAACCCGAGCAACAACCCCACCACCCACGACUACUACGUGCGACGGGUGCCAUUGACCGAUAUAAAGCCGUCGCUGCUGGAGAAUAAGGGAAAGCUGACGGAGGCGUUUUGCGCAGGGGUCUGGAGCGGAUGGGGCUACGCAUUCCAACGGGCCUACCUCUCGCGCAAAUACGAGAACCCCUCCACAGCAUCCGACCUCUGGACGCGCGAAGCCCUCCGCGAAGGCCCCUACGAGCUCGGCACGCGCAUCACAGACCACUUCGAGGUGUUAGAAAAGAGCACAGAGCGGAUUGUGGUCCGGUGCGGGGCGUCGCCGCGCGAGACGGGAGUGCGCGACUCCGACGGGCUAUUCGAAAUGUCAGCUGUUGUGAAGGCCGAUGAGGGCGUUGCGGAGUUUGGGCUCAAGAGUUGCUUCUUCCAGGGGAGGGGGAAGGCGGAUGCUCCGCCCAUGCCGGCGCAUAUUGAUUGGUUGCAUAAGCAGUAUACGAAGUUGUGGUUGGAGACGGCGUUGGUGAAUGUGAGGCGGUAGGGUGGUUUUCC